AGUCACGAAAGAGAUCUGUGGGAUUGUGAACUUCAUGAACUUGGUUUAAGCCUCGGUUUAGUUAGAACAAGAGUUGAUCAUGAGGACUGUAAAAGGUUUCUGGGUUCUUUUCAUGCUGCAUCUGUAUUUCUUCGACUCUGGAAGGACUGGGAAAAUACUUGUGUGGCCCUUGGAUUUUAGUCACUGGAUUAAUUUAAAAGUUAUCCUGGAUCAACUCCAGCUUCGGGGGCAUGAGGUAACUGUCCUGGUACCUUCACCAAGUUAUCUGUUUGAUCAUACCAAGAUUCCCUUUAAUGUGGAGAUCCUUCAACUUCCAGUAACUAAAGAAACUCUCAUGGAAGAGCUCAAUGGUAUUCUCUAUGAUGUUUCCUUUGAACUGCCAAAACUUUCAUUGUGGAGCAUGCAAGGAAAACUGACAGAACUUGUCUACAGGUUUUCUAGGACAGCCAAAAGAAUGUGUGAGAGUGCUAUCACAAAUAAGGAGUUACUCAGCAGGCUACAAGCAGCUAAGUUUGAUAUCUGUUUAGCUGAUCCCUUAAGCUUUUGUGGGGAAUUGUUGGCUGAGCUCCUCAAUAUUCCAUUUAUAUACUCUUUUCGAUUUUCUUAUGGGAAUAUCAUUGAGAGACUGUGUGCUCAGCUUCCUAUCCCUUCUUCAUAUGUUCCUGGCAUCACAUCAGGACUGACAGACCGCAUGACUUUUGUACAGAGACUAGAGAAUUGGUUACUGUACAUAGUGGCUGAUAUUAUGUUUUUGUAUUUUGUAUUUCCGGAAUGGGAUGACUAUUACAGCAAGGCUUUAGGAAAACCUGCCACAUUAUGUGAGAUUAUGGGGAAAGCUGAAAUGUGGUUGAUUCGAACGUACUGGGAUAUUGAAUUUCCUUACCCUUAUUUACCUAACAUUGAAUUUGUUGGAGGACUGCACUGCAAACCUGCAAAGCCCCUACCGAAGGAGUUAGAAGAGUUUGUCCAAAGCUCUGGAAAGGAUGGAGUUGUGGUAUUUACUCUGGGUUCAAUGAUCAAAAACCUGACAGAAGAAAAGUCUAAUCUAAUUGCAUCAGCCCUUGCCCAGAUUCCACAGAAGGUUCUGUGGAGAUACACAGGAAAGAAACCAGACACAUUAGGACCCAAUACCCGGCUAUAUGAAUGGAUUCCCCAGAAUGAUCUUCUUGGUCAUCCCAAGACCAGAGCUUUUAUCACUCACUGUGGAACCAAUGGGAUCUAUGAAGCUAUUUACCAUGGGGUCCCUAUGGUGGGAAUUCCCAUGUUUGGUGAUCAGUAUGAUAAUAUUGUUCGUAUGAAAGCCAAAGGGGCAGCUCUUAAAGUAGACUUACAUACAAUGACAAGUUCCGAUCUACUUAACGCUUUGAAGGCAGUUAUUAACAACCCUUCCUAUAAAGAGAACGCUAUGAGGUUAUCAAGAAUUCACCAUGAUCAGCCUACAAAGCCCUUGGAUCGAGCAGUCUUCUGGAUCGAGUUUGUCAUGCGCCACAAAGGAGCCAAACACCUUCGGCCAACCUCCCAUGACCUCACCUGGGUCCAGUACCACUCGUUGGAUGUGAUUGGGUUCCUGCUGGCCUGUGUGGCUACUACUAUAUUCCUGGUCACAAAAUGUUGCCUGUUUUGUUGCUGGAAAUGUGGUAAGACAGGGAAGAAGAACAAGAGAGAAUAGUUUUCUUUAAUAGUUUAGAUAGAAAACAGGGCCCAUCUGAAUUAACCAGCCAGUGAUUUGAACAGAUUCCUUUCCUAGUUUUCCCAGUUCUUGUCCAUUCCUCAGCUUAUGAAGUCAAAGAUCAAAGAAUCACCCAAGGAUUUCACCACAUGAUUUGGAGUUAAGAUGUAUAAUACCUUAUUCUUUAAAAAGAGAAGAUAAACACAUGGAGGUUCCUACUACUAAAAUGCUAGUACUUCAUUCACUUGUUUUAGCUCAACAAAUUAGGAUGGUGUUUGAGAACUCAGGAAUGCAAUAAUAAAUUCUGUUUUCAGUACCAAUCAUAUUAAACGUUUUCUAAAUACUUAA